CUGAGCCCAGGUGGCUCCAAUCACUAUCGACCCUCCUCUGUCUGCAGGAGGAACCGCCCCUGCACUGCAGAGGGGCCGUGACAGUAUAGUGUGGAUGUUGUCGUGUGUUUGUGUUGCUUCACAGUCCCCGCUGCUUGGCCUGGUGAGGGGUCGGGAGGCUUGGCUAGGGGCCUGGUGAGGGGUCGGGAGGCUUGGCUAGGGGUCUGGUGAGGGGUCGGGAGGCUUGGCUAGGGCUCAGGGGUCACCGGCUAAAGGCUGUUUCCUCUAAUAGGAAUAGAGCUGUCAUCUAAGGAAGUAGCUGUCUAAUCUUAGCUGUAACCCAGCCAGGCGCAUAGGCAUACUGCUACAGCUGCUACCUGCAUGGUGUCUGUCUGUGGGAGAGGAGAGAGGUAGAACGAGACUGGCAGGUGUGUAUACGAACAACCCAUGGAGCAGGAAACCUUGGAAACCUUGGAGAUUAUUGGCUGUAGGUUACAUGGUAAGCAGACAGACUUGAUGCAUGGUGUUUGCAUGACUCCCAUCUGUCUUGCUGUGGGAUUGAGAGCGAGGGGCUCGGCUGACACCAACCAAUCAUGGCUCAGACCACCAUGCAUGUUGUCAACGGCAACACCCAAGAGAGAGGAGUGAGGUCUGUCAGCAGCAGUCCUGAGGCCACGCCCCCGUAUGGCUACCAGCUAGACUUGGACUUCCUGAAGUAUGUGGACGACAUACAGAGCGGCAACACCAUCAAGAGGCUGAACAUCCAGCGGAGAGCCAGGCCAGUCCGGCCGGCGGCGGAGCCCGUGCCCAGGGCAGGUAGCUCUGGUGGAGGCAGCUGGUAUAGAGGGCAGGGCCAGGCUGAAUGGACCUCCACCGACUCCCUGCCCUCCUCCUGUGAAGAGACACAGCAGAGUCCCCUCUUCUACCCCACCCCCCGCCCCUUCCCCCAGCCUCACCCUCCCCUCUCCCCCACCCUGAUUUACCACGCCCCUCUCCCGCCCUGUGAGCCCCCCCCUCCCCUUCCUCCCCUAUCGCCUGAGGGCUACCUGAGCAUCCCCCCCGAACACCCCCAACGGCCCCAGCUCCCGCCCCCCUCACUGCGGGAGCCGCCCCUCCUCAACCCCCAGGUUGAGAAGACCCUGAUGGAGACGAGGAGGAGGUUAGAACAGGAGCGCCACCUCAUGCAGCCCCCGUCCCCCUCCGACCCCCCCGGACCUGCUCCUCGCCUCCGCCUGGCGUCCUUCGGGGGGAUGGGGGGGUCCAGCUCCUCCCUGUUCUCCCUUAGCGCCCCCCACCCCCACCCCCACCCUCUGCUGCCCAAUGGGGGUGGGGGUAGUGGAGACUACAACCCCUACUACACGUUCAUGGGUUCCUCUAUCCACCACAGCCCCAUGUCCUCAGGCAUGACCACACCGACCACCAACGUGUCUCCGCUCCACCUGCAGCACAUCCGGGAGCAGAUGGUGGUGGCCCUGCGGAGGCUGAAGGAGCUAGAGGAGAAGGUGCAGACCAUACCUGUCCUGCAGGUGAAGAUAGCCGUGCUGCAGGAGGAGAAGAGACAGAUGACCUCUCAGAAGAACCAGAGGCUGGGGACGGGGGGCGUAGCGGAGAGAGGGUUCAGGAAGAGGUCCUAUAGCGUGGGCAGUGCUGACCAGUUGGCCGACCAGCUGGACACCCAGAGACACACCCUGCAGACCCAGGAGCUGCACAUCAUGGAGCCAGAUGGCCAGGAGGGUCAGGGGCAUAGUCAGAGCUCCCAGGGGAUGGAGGAGUUCAGGAGGCUGGCUGCAGAGGUCCAAGCCCUGGGGGCGAACGGCCAGGAGCAAGGCUCUUACCAGGCCAGGCAGACCCAGACCUCCCUCCCCCUCACCCACAAUAACAACAACCAGCUCACCUCCACGGCGGUCGGCCCAGAUGAGAACAUGAACGACGUCACGGUGGUCGCCCAGAAGAAGUCGCCGGUGAUGACGACGGUACAACAACGACGCUUCUACCGUGACGUCGGCAUGGCGACAGAGCAGCGUGAGACGCGCAGCGCUGGGACGGGAGUGACGGAGGCCUUGUUGGGUGUGACCAGCGAGGUGGAGGCAGAGCUGGAGCUGCAGCAGCAGACCAUCGAGGGCCUGAAGGAGAAGAUCUACCGGCUAGAGGUGGACCUGAGAGAGACCACCCACCUGAUGGAGAUGUCCAAGCUGAAGCUGGAGCUGCAGGCCGCUGGGGGAGCCAAUAGGAAGAGGGCUGAUAAAGGCUGCCAGGCGCGGCCAGACACCUACAGCACGGCCUGCGAGGCACGGCCAGACACCCAGAGCACUGGCUCAGAGAGCAGGAGAGUCCAGACACACUGCCAGGGAGUGGGGAACCACCUAGAGACCAGCCAUGCCUCCACAGGGGAGACCCUCCACACUGUAGGGGUAGGGGUGUCCUGUCAACCCAGCCUGAGAGACACUGCUUCGGGACCUGACCUGCCCGUGGAGAGGUGGUUGGUGCAGGAGAGGGUAGAGGUGCAGGACCAGUGUGUGGGGAGCCAGGUGGAGGUGUGUGACCAGGGGGUGAACACUGAUGAGGCCAGGGAGAGGAGGUCAGUCCAGGAGACAGAGGCCAGGGAGAGCAGGUCGGUGGGCGUUGGGGAGUGUUCUAUAGACGUCACUGUUUCUCCCAUCAGACAGCUGGUUACCAUGGGUACUAACCCUGUCCUGGGCGCCACCACGGACUCUGCUGUCAUGGUAACCCCAGACACAGCCUCCCAACACACCAGCACCCUAUUGGAGACCGCUAGCCAACACACCAACACAGAGACAGUGGUGCUAGCUGACGGCUGUACCAACACCGCCCUGCUCCACACUGCUGAGAAACACACCAGCACGCUAACCAAUCACACCAGGACUGUCGCUGUGGGGGAGGGGCUGGUCAAAGACCCACAGACCGUGCCCAAAACCAGGUCUAUUGCCGUGGGAAACACAGCAGAGAGAGACGGCAGUCCGGAGAAGGCGUGGUCGGCCCAGACCAAAGAGGUGGGCGUAGGCCUGGUCGGCAUCCACACCAACUUCCUGGUCGGCCUGAAGACCCGGAACAUCGCCUGUGGGCCCUCCCACCUGGACGGAGCCGCUGUUACCGAGGAGACCAUUGCCGUGACGACUGUUGUACCACCCCAGGCCCAGGGCAUAGCACCGCCCCAGCAGGUGGAGGGGCUGAACCAGGCCCAGGCCAUAGCACCGCCCCAGCAGGUGGAGGGGCUGAACCACUACAUAGAGAGGCUUCAGAAGCUACUUCAGGAACAACAGAUGCUGUUGACUGAGAACUACAGCGAGCUAGCGGACGCCUUCGGACAGCCCUGCUCUUCUCAGUUCAACCACUUCGGUUCUAUCAACAGCCAGCUGGUCAACACUCUGACUUCUAUCAACUCUGUCAUGAAGUAUGGCAGUGCUGAGGAUCUGAGAACACAGCAAGAUAGCAGCAGCACCACUACAGAUCGGUGUCAGUUGCAGGUGUCCAGUGAAGUCAUCCAGAGUUCAGAGGUCAGCCAGACGGAGAUAGUGUCACAUGACCCCAAGGCCCCGCCCAGCCCGGCCACGCUGAAGCAUCGCAUGGACCAGCAGAUGUCCAGCGCCCUGAACGGUGAUAAGAGCGCCCUGAAGUCCAUCAUGAAGAAGAAAGAUGGCCGCCAGGGUUCUAACGGAACCAAGAAGAACCUACAGUUUGUAGGAGUCAACGGAGGGUACGAGACAACGUCGAGCGAUGAAUCCAGCUCAGAGGACAGCAGCUCCUCUGGAACAGGGGAGGAGGAGGAGGAGGAAGAGGAGGAGGAGAAGGUGUUCAGAGGAGGAGAGGAAGAGGAGGAGGAGAACACAGAAGGAUUCCAGAACGAGGGAGCAGUGGAAGAGGGAAGGAGUGAAGAGGAAGGAGGAGGAGAAAAGCAAGAGAUGAGAGAGAGGUAUGAGUUAAGUGAGAAGAUGUUGGCUGCCUGUAACGUGUUGAAGAACCACCUGAAUGAUGGCAAGGCCUUAACCAGUAAAGAUGUGAGAGCCUGUGUGAACACAGUUCAGAACGAGUGGUUCUGUGUGUCCAGUCAGAAGACGGCGGUGCCCGGCAUGGUGGAGGACUAUUUAACAGCGUUCCGUGACAUCUCGCCGGCCAUGCUGCGUCACGUUGUCAAUAUGGCGGACGGUAACGGAAACACGGCGCUCCACUACAGCGUGUCACACUCCAACUUCCACAUCGUCAAGACGCUGCUCAACGCAAAUGUGUGUAACGUGAACCAGCAGAAUAAGGCGGGCUAUACUCCCAUCAUGCUGGCUGCGCUGGCAGCCGUAGAGGAUCCUAAAGACAUGACCAUCGUAGAGUACCUCUUCAGCAAGGGAGACGUCAACGCUAAGGCCAGCCAGGCUGGCCAGACAGGGCUGAUGCUGGCGGUCAGUCAUGGCAGGAUGGACAUGGUUCGGGCGCUGCUGGCCCAGGGGGCAGAGGUCAAUGUCCAGGAUGAUGAAGGUUCUACAGCCCUGAUGUGUGCCAGCGAACAUGGCCACGCUGAGAUAGUCAGACUACUGCUGGCUCAGCCGGGCUGCGACGCCACUCUCAGCGACAGCGAUGAGAGCAAUGCCCUGUCUAUUGCUCUGGAAGCGGGUCACAAGGACAUAGCAGUGUUGCUGUACGCCCACGUAAACUUCUCUAAGGCCCAGUCACCGGGGACCCCUCGUCUGAGCAGGAAGAUGUCUCCCAGUCCCACCAGGAGGGGCAUGUUUGACUAGCGCCGCCGCCCAUUGG